UAACAACCACACGAUGUCCAAGUUACAUUUUUAUAUUUUCGUCGUCUCUACUUUAAUACUUUCAGCAUCACAAAAUAUUCUCCACGAUUUAUCCGAUUUUAGCACAUACAUCAGAGAACACUUAUUGGAAACUAAAGGAUACGAAGACGUUCUCAAAACCGCCUUAUACGCUCAAUCUGCAAGUUUACCCGACGUAGAGUACCUUAUGGAACAUGAAAUCGUCUGUAACGCGUGUCCCAUCUUUGCAAAUAGGUUCAUAGACAAAAGAAAAAAAGGAUACCCGCAACGAUACUUUAUGGACACACUAGAUUUCUUUUGUGAGUUUAUUGGAACCAGGAGAGUUUGUCGAGGAUAUGGUAGACACUUCAUUAACGUUUUUCUUUACACUGUUGAUAACAAAUACGACUUGACUGCUGAACGCAUUUGUCAAGUACUGUUAACCGCGUUUGGGUGUUCAUACGGCAUUCAUUUCAACUGGUCUGUGGUGAUACCAUCCGGUGGUACCGAAAGACCAAAACUUGGACGAAAUGAAAAUUUCACGAUUUUGCAACUCAGCGAUAUUCACUAUGACCCGAACUAUAUGCCUGGAGGGAACGGUGUGUGUAGCGAACCCUUGUGUUGUCAAAAUGAUCAACCAGUACCACCAUCGUCCAAGGACAGGUGUGGGUAUUGGGGAGACUAUAGGAACGGGGACUCUCCUUGGCACCUGAUCGAAAACACGAUUAAACAAACUAAAAACAAGACUUUCGAUUUUGUCUACUACACCGGUGACAUUAUGUCCCACCGAAUUUUUGACACUAGUAUUGAGAAAAACUCGCAGCUUGCAUCGAAACUAUAUUCGUAUUUGAGGGAAAGUUUUGAUGUUCCCAUUUUUCCGGUUCUUGGAAAUCAUGAGGCGCAUCCGCUCGAUUUUUGGGCUCCUUCUGUGGGUGGUUUUAACAUGUCAUGGUUGUACCGAGUAGCGGCUGAUCAUUGGGUGAAAAUGGUUGGUCAAGACGUGUCUGAAACGGUCCUUGCAGGUGGGUACUACACAGUUUCGCCUAAACCUGGGUUUAGGAUCAUCGCUUUGAACAACAAUGUCGCAAUAAAAAGCAACUUCUGGUUGUUCUAUAACGAUGGUGAUGCACGUAAGCAGCUGCAGUGGUUGGUGGAUACGUUGGUAGAAGCAGAACGAAAUAAUGAAAGAGUUCAUAUAAUGGGGCACGUGCCUCCUGGUACACACGACGUAGUGAAGGAGUGGAGUCGACAGUACUCGAGAAUAGUAGAACGGUUUGCAAGUACCAUUGUUGCACAGUUUAAUGGUCACACUCAUGUAGACGAAUUGCGUGUUUUCUAUAGCAGUACUAACACAAGCAGUACUGAAGCAUUUGGGGUAGCGUUUAAUGGAGCUGCCGUCACACCAUGGGGUACUAAUUCCAAUCCGAGUUUUAAAUACUAUACGGUGGAUGGAAGUUCUUGCGUUGUACUAGACUACGAAGAGUAUACGUUUAAUCUAACUCGGGCUAAUUCUAACCGUACAUAUUCGCCCGAAUGGUACAAGUUGUACAGUUUCAAAGAGGCUUACGGUGUUGAAAAUUUAAUGCCUUCAGAAGUGGACAAAGUGUUGCAUCGAAUGGCUACAAAUCACUCUCUUCUGGAUACUUAUUUUCGGUUUUACUUUAGGGAUGCUGAUGUUGGUACUAGAAGUGGCUGUGACGACCGCUGCAAAAGAAAUUUUUUGUGCCAGAUGUCAACCACCAUAUAUGGACAAGAGUGUCACUGUAGACGAUUUUUGGACCUGUACGACAAAAUUAAUUCAUAGAUACGAAUAGUGACUUAAGUAGCUAAUUUAUAAAAUAUUUUUGCUUAUACACAGAAAGUGGGUGAAAUGGAUACUUAAAACUA